AUGAGUAACUUAAUCUUACCUGCUUUGGAAGAGUCAGAAAUUAUUCCAGAUGUCUUGCCAGUUGAAUUUAAAACUACUCAAUUCAAAGGUACUUUAGAUAUCACUUAUCCAAAUGGGGACAAAGUCCUAUUAGGUAAUGAUAUUACUCCAGAAAACUCUUCUGCUAGACCAACAAUUGUAUUUAACCCUAAUGCCAAUUCCUCUUUUACUUAUGAAAAUAAGAAAUUCAUUUUAAUCAUGACUGACCCAGAUGCUCCAAGUAGAACAGAUAAGAAAUAUUCUGAAGUUUGCCAUAUGAUUGAGUGUGAUGUAGAGUUAAUCCCAGGCAAACCAAUCAAUGGUACUGUUAUGAACUCAUACAUCGGUCCUGGCCCACCAAAGGGCGCUGGUAAACAUCGUUACAUCUUUUUAUUAUUUGAUCAAAAUGUUAAGGGUGAAACUUUGAAGAAAGUUGAAAACUAUAUAUGUUGGGGCUAUAAUGAACAAGGUGUUGGUGUUGAUAAAUGGAUUAAAGAAAAUGGCAUCAAUGAUUUAUUGGCCGUUAAUUUCUUUUAUGCUGAAAAUAAAUAA